AGCCGCCAUUUAACUUACCUCUGUAAAUGCAUCACCCGGGUACUCGCUUAUCCCAAUGGACUUCACUUGACCCCGGAGAGAGGGACUCAAGGGAAUACCUUCCAGGUGUGGGUUGCAUCUAUUUCACCGUAAUCCCGUCCUUCAACGAUUCAAUACGCCGGGUCCUUCGGAGCGGGCCGCGUUGCAUCAGCCCGCCGUGUGGAUUCCGGUUUCGAGAGACGUGAUGUCAUCGACAAACAACAGGACCCUGGAACUGGCAAGUGCUGUGCACUUCAGAGGGUGACCACUAAACGUCACCAUGAUACACUUGCAUCAAGGUCUUGCUACAAUACAAGUAGUGAUCUAAGCAUCUCGUGCAACCGUUCCCGGGCUAAAUCAUCGUUGUGAACCCUCUCAGCAACGGAGAGUCGCCAUCACCACAACUGCCACAAUCCAUCAACAACACCCGACGAACUAAGAAUCACAAACCCAUCAUCACAGGAACAAUGCAGUCCGUCCUCCAAUCAGUAACCGGCCUCGGUCCGAAGCCCGUCCACCCAGACAAUCUCGACGGCUGCGUGGCCGUCGUGGUAGGCGGCGCUUUCGGCAUCGGCUUCGAAGUCUCCCGCGCCCUGGCCAACGCAGGCUGCCGUGUCAUCAUGGUGAACCGCAAGCAGGACCAAGGGGAGGACGCCAAGGCCACCAUCGCAGCCGAGUCCCCCGGCGCACAGGCCGAGUGGGUCGAGUGCGACAUGGGCAACCUCAAGCAGGUGCGCGAGGUGUUUAGCCAGUUGGCCAAGGAGAAGCUGGACCGGCUGGACUACCUGGUGCUGUCGGCGGGCAUCAACACCAACGAGUUCGGCCUGGAUGCGGACGGCAUCGACCGGCAUUUCGGCGUCAACUUCCUCGGGCAGUUCUACGUGUGCAACCUGCUCUGGCCGGUGCUGAGGAAGACGGCGAGGAAGGGCUCGCAGCCGAGGGUGGUGUUCGAGGCGAGCGAGAUGCACCGCGGCGCGCCCAACAACGUGCAUUUUGCGAGCCUGGAGGAGAUCAACGACUCGAAUCUGGGGCCGACCGAGCUGUACGCGCGGACGAAGCUGGCCAUGAUUCUGUUUGCCAAGUACGGCUUGGCGGGCAAGGUGAUCAAGGAGAAUGAAGACGACAUCAUCGCGACGACAGUCCACCCUGGAGCGGUCAAUACCGCCAUGCAGCAACAAUGGAAGGAUGCCUACCCGGGGAUAACCGGAAAGUUGCUCACGUGGGCGAUGCUUGCAUUUGGCCGCGAUGUCAAGCAAGGCGCGUACAGCGCGCUGUGGGCGCUGACGUCGGAUAAGGUCCAGAAUGGCUGGUACUACAACGACCCGGACCAGCCAGGAAAGGAGUCGGCGCAGGCUUCGGAUGAGAAGCUUGGCAUUGCGUUGUGGGAUCUCUCCCACCGCAUCAUCAAGGAGAAGCUUGGGGAGGAUGCGUUGGCCGAUUGGAAUGCAUGUGCUUGAAGUGAUGGCGGAAGCGAAGCUGAGCAAUAAGGGGUCUAGAGGCAAGCAUAACCAACUCAAGCUUGGUAGUAAUGUGAGACAAAUAUUCUCCGGGGUAUAGCAUGAUUGCUACUUGCCUACCUACAAUGACAGUCCC